AACCUACGUAAUACUAUAGCAAAUACUGCCAAUCACAAAAUAAUACAAACUCGAGAUUCCUGAAGUAGACCGGGCAAUGAAUUUCUUUUCCGCGAGUUUAUAAGUCGAUUUGUACAUACAUACGUAUAUACGUUAUGCAUAUGUAUUCAAGGUGUACAAUUUGUUAGGUUAAGAGAAAACCAAGAGAUGGGGCUCUUUCGAAUACCGGCAGAACAGUGUUUGAAAAAAAAACUAGUUUCUUUUGACACUAACUACUCGUCAAAUUAUUUAAAUAUAUCACAUUCUAGCAUUCUGUGUUUCUGCGAGCAAUUUGUUUUAUUGAUAACGAGUAAACAACUUGUUUCCUAAACGAUGGACAAUGGGAAAUCGAUAUGGCAUAGAUAUGGUACGUGUCACUCGUAUGUUUGAAAGCGUUUGUUCACGUAGUCAAUGCGUGAUUGAGUGAUGAGUGCAACACGUCGAAUUCUGAAGAAUUGGAAGCGGAGGUCAGGCAUUACGCCAGCAUUGCGAAAUGCCGGGAAUAGGGAUCUUAUGAUCUUGACUAGGAACAACGACCUGCCAACCCCACUCGUAUUUCUACGGGAAAUGAGUGAAAGAGGGACAGAGAGGGAAUCGAUUAAUUUUGCAAUUGACAUUAGCAUGAAACGACAGGAUAGCGAGGAUAAUAUCAAGAGAGGGAAUUUAAUGGUAGAUGACGUGCAUCUUUACUUCGUACUUAAUCAACCGGAAAUGUUACACGUGUUGUUCAACGAGUCUUGAUUUUCUGUCGAAACGAAGGUCUUGUAUCGGAUAUCUAUCGCACAGAGGUAAUUAGCGAAACGUAUGAUUUUGCAUUAUCGCAUCAUCUGUAGCUGAACAGAGGUAAAUGAAUAGAUUUAUGACGGAAUUACAGUCGUAAGUCUGGUGUAUUUUUUGGCGCUUAUAUCCUCCUGAAAUUAUGUGAGAAUGACUUUGGCAAACCGCCAAUGUUCCCCGGACUGUGCGGAGACAACAUGUACGGAGCAAUGAACUUUAGGAAAGCGUGACUUCAGACAAGAUUUUCUCUCUUUUCUUUUCGACGGAUUUUUAGUUGUAUAAAAUUCCAACACAAUUCGAUUGUUCCAUUUUCUUCAUUCACCGCCGUUUUCCACCGGCUAUUCAUCGUUGUAUCCGAAGCGUGGAGAUACCCUUUGCGUUUCCGUUCGCCGCAUAGGAAACACAGGAAGAACUACCCCUUUUUAUCCGUCUCCCUUUGAAUCAUCGUUUUCUAAUACAACGUACAAGAGGUUGUUGGCCACCCUAUUCUUGUAAAGGAAGCCACAAACCGCCUUUGACCAUAAUGCUCUUAACAAGGCGUAAAAGACAUAGUAUUCCCAGCAGUGGACUCAAACAUUCCUGACAUCGCAUACUGAUGGUGGUCGCGAAUCUGUAGUUAAUUACACACAAAGGUCCGAUAGAUGCAAUCAACUGCACUACCGUGCUUCCCUAAUGCAUCACAUCUACAUCCAAAUCUACAUCUACGUCAAGGGCAGUUCCAGUCGAGGAGGGGUUCAUAUGGAAUGGCAUCACGUGGACCGUCGACGACGACGUUGCCAAUCGCGAUAGCGAUGGCCGUCGCGAUGUCAGUGAUGGCAAACGGUCUCUGCCCGACCCAAUGUCGUUGCGACGACGAGAGUUUGCGAGCGUCCUGCGCUUACGCGGGCCUCGAGGUCGUUCCGAUCCAGCUGAAUCCGGAAAUCAAACACUUGGAUCUGUCGAACAAUCGUGUCGGGAAUAUUCACCUAUCGUUCGGGUUCUACGGUAACCUGGAGACACUUGAUCUCACCUCGAACGCAAUUCACACUCUCGGUUCAGACAAUUUCGUCUUCCAAAAGGGGCUGAUCACGUUGAACGUAAGCAAUAACGCCGUGAGGGCAUUAGCAAAGAAUUCGUUGCAAGGAUUGGACUCGUUGAAGGAGUUGAAUCUAUCGAGCAAUAAUAUUUCCGACAUGGACGAGCAAGCAUUCAAGAGUACCAGCGAAUUGGAGAUACUAAAUCUCUGCGACAACUCGAUCACAAGUUUGCCGGAAGGACUGUUGAAGAACCUACACAAGAUUCGUACGUUGAUCUUGAAGAGGAACUCGCUAUUGGAAAUACCAACCGCGAACUUGGCGUUGGCGCCCAGUCUGGAGAAGGUUGAUCUCUCGGACAAUCUGAUACAGGAGCUGGACAGGGACUCGUUGCCGUCGUUGCCGUCGUUAGUCUCGUUAGAUCUCGCGAACAACGUUAUCAGGAAUAUCGCUGACGACGCGUUCGAUCGUCUACCGGACCUGCUGCACCUGGACCUGUCCGGCAACAACCUGACCUCCGUGCCCACGUCCGCGUUGGCAAGGCUAAACGUUUUAUCGAACCUGAUCCUCAGUCGGAAUCCUCUCGGCAACCUAGGCCCCGUUGGAUUCCGUAAUCUGUUCGAGCUAAGGAGCCUCGAGUUAAACGACUGUACGAUCGUUAGCGUUCACGCCAGAGCGUUCGCCGACAAUGUGAAUCUUGAACGCAUCUCGUUGGACGGUAAUCGAGGGUUAAAGGAGCUACCAGCCAGGGUUCUUUACAGCGCGAGAUAUCUGAAAUGGGUCUCGCUGCGUCGUUGCAGCCUGUCGACCCUGCAACCCACCCAAUUCCCAGUUGACGGUUUGUCGUCACUUCGCGUCGGCGGCAAUCCCCUGGUCUGCAAUUGCUCGGUGCAUUGGCUGUGGAACGUUAUCAGGGCGGAAGAACGACGGAACGAGUCGAGGCUCGAGUUGGAUAGCCGCGAUAUUAUCUGUACCGACGAGGAAUUCUCCGGCAAAGCGUUGAUCGCUCUGUCGGAAGGUUCUUUGCGUUGCCGACUGAGCCCUCUUUAUCUGUCGUUGUCGGCUGCCGGUUGUCUAGCCGCGACGGCGACCAUCCUGGCGGUGAUAGCUCAUCUGACACGAUCCAAGAGGAAGAAACGUCUGGCGUACGCCGCGCCCAACCGACCGGAGUUUCUCGUCUACGUGGGAAGGAACAACGACGAGCUGGACAAGAACGCCGAGUCGUACAGCAGAAGACUGUUAGCCAGGAACGAGGACACCUCUUACGACACACCUCGAGGAAAGGCCGGACAACGUAGCCCUCAGUCGCAAGACACGAACAUUUACGAAACACCUAGGCACGUUAGGACCAAUCGACGGGAAGAAGCGACGGAACCGUAUGCCAGGCAAACGGAAGAGGGUGUGUACGCGGUGGCCGACGUGACCGAUCUCCGCGACGAACAACCGGAAGUGCUGUCGCUUUAUCGCAUGCAGACUCCGACUGCACCCAGAUCGAACCGGGUGGACUACGGUUACGACUACGAGUACGAUUACGAGUACGAACCACCGCUUCCGCAGAAGCCUCACGUCGUGUUCGUUUGAACCGUCGAACUCUAUUUUCCAUCAAGAUUCUUUCCCAAUAGAAGCCCCUACCCUCGAUAGGGUUCGGGAUCUGUUCGAGCUGAUCUUCUAACGCCGACACGUGGUACGGUAAUCCUUCGGUUACCGAAAGUAUCGAUGAACUGUCGUCCAUUGUACGGGCUGCUAGAAUCACUGGCUUUGAACAGUUUUAGAUUCGUAGAUUCGAAUCGUGCCGGUACACAGAACAGAGGGUAUCGUCCACGCGGUGAAUGGCAGAGGAAGCCAGGAUCAACCGGUGGACAGAGUUGAAAAUGAAAUGUCUUCCGAGAUAGUUGCGACGCUGGAGAAGCAGAAUGCAUUUUCGCUGAGGGAACGCAAUCUGAUUCGGAAUGUAAAUUGUACGGCGCGUAAACCGUUGCCGGUUCUAGCCGGCCAGGCUCGGGGAACGUAUUUAUUUUCACGGAUUGCGUCGGAUUCCGUUGGUUCAGUGCAAAUGCUGCGCGCCGUGUUUCAAGGCGGGCGGUGUUCAUUUCGCGUUUAAACGUAGUGACAAAUCAAAUCAAAGCAGCGUCUCGUUAGUCCGUUUAAACCCUCCUACACUGCCAGCAUCCCAAGAUUACUCUUCCCAUUUCGCUCUAUCCCUCAAUUUCUAACAUCCCUCUCCAUCUGUCUCUCCUAGUACACCUACAAUUAUCGCGUCUUUGUCCAAGGUAUCCCCUCGUUCCUUUUCGUUUCUACUUCGGCAAAGUCCGCGUUUAGGUAGGGCCUGGUAGGCUGAAGGAUCUUGAAGAUUUUUUGCGAAACACCUCGGCUACCUCGAGCAAAGAUUUCUACGAGAAACGAGCUGAAAUGAGGGAAUGGAAAACACGUGGUUCACGCGUUUCUACAUUUUUCUUUUUUUCUCUUGUUAAACACCCCGGACACGUUGGUACACACCUGAAGGGAGCAAAAGACACGUUAGGAUUCGUAAUUAGACGGUCCCUCUUCUUUUCUUCUGUUUUUACUUUGUCUGCUUGUCGCCGUCGACAGAAGAGAACCGUCUUCAGGAUCGUUGUAAAUUGAAGCAAUAAUAGGCGCGACCUUUACUCUUAGGGACACACUACGACACUGAGUAUAUUUAAGGACGAGAUUACGCGUUUAUACAAACGUAAGCGUACAUGUACAGUGAGCGUAAAAGGUGUUUGGACACCGUUUAAGAAAGAAUACCUCAUUUAAAAUUCGACUAAAUGAUUUGAAGUUUCUUGAGAAGUUAUACUAAUUAUACUAAGAUAUGUGCUUUUGUCGUUUUAAAAAAUUACAAUUUGUUGAAAUCGUGAAAUAGUGAAGGAUAAUUUUUCAUC